CUCUAGCUAACUUCCCACAACGGAUUAGAGUGUCCGAGAACCCAAUCCGAGUUUCAUAAAGUGUCCAGCUGCUAUUCCUUCCCCGGUGAGUGAGAGACUCUUGGUGGACACGUGACUCUGGGGAGCCCAGCUUGUUCUGUUCUACAGUAAUCAGCAUGGCGGUGACGGUGAUCGUGGAGCCCGCGGGCCGCAGCAGCUGGGACGAGCCCGUGCGCAUCGCCGUGCGCGGGCUGGCCCCGGGACAGCCUGUCACGCUGCGCGCGUCCCUGCGCGACGAGAAGGGCGCGCUCUUCCGGUCCCACGCGCGGUACCAGGCGGACGUCCGCGGCCUCCUGGACUUGGCGCGCGCGCCCGCGCUGGGCGGCAGCUUCACGGGGCUCGAGCCCAUGGGGCUGUUCUGGGCGCUGGAGUCCGAGAAGCCCUUGGUGCGGCUUAUGAAGCGGGACGUGGAGACGCCCUUCGCCGUGGAGCUGGAGGUGCUCGAGGGCCACGAGCCGGAGGCCGGGCGGCUCCUGGGCCGGGCGGUGCUGGAGCGCGACUUCCUGCGGCCGGGGGUGCGGCGGGUGCCGGUGCGCGAGGGCCGGGUGCGCGCCACGCUCUUCCUGCCGCCCGGAGAUGGUCCUUUUCCUGGUUUGAUUGAUAUGUUUGGUGAUGGAGGAUUAAAUGAAUCUCGAGCGAGUCACCUGGCUUGUCGAGGUUUUGCUACUCUGGCUUUGCCAUUUUUUGGCUAUGAAGAUCUACCUCCGAUCAUGAAAGACUUAAAUUUAGAUUAUUUUGAAGAGGCGGCUAAAUUUGUGCAAAGUCACCCAAAGGUUAAAGGUCCAAACAUUGGAGUGAUUGACUCUGGCAAAGGGGCAGAGUUGGCAUUUUCCAUGGCUAGCUUUCUCCCAAAUAUAGCUGCAGUUGUGAGCAUCAACGGCUGCAUCUCUAACACAACGACUGCCCUUACAUGUGGUAGAUUAAUCCUGCCAGGACUGCCUUUUAACCUAGACAAAAUCUCUGCCAUGGAUUCAGGGGUUUACGAUAUUAAAGAAGCGCUGGGGGACCCCUUGGAUCAGCCUACCGGGAAAGUCGAAUUCCCCCUUGAAAAAGCCAGUGCCCAUUUCCUUUUUGUAGUCGGAGAGGAUGACAGGCAUUGGAAGAGUUCUGUUUAUGCUGACACAGCUGUGAAGCACCUCACGGAGCAUGGGAAGACAAAUUUCACUCUUUUAAGCUAUCCUAACGCUGGCCACAGAAUAGAUCCCCCUUAUAGCCCUUUUUUCUCUGUAUGCCUCCAUCCCGUGUUGGGAGUGCCUGUUUUGGGAGGUGGGCAGCUCAAAGCUCAUGCAGUCGCUCAGAUGGAGUCUUGGAAGAUCUUGGCGUUUCUGCACUUGCAUCUAGGGUAAAGUCGAACAAACUAAGUUUAGAAUAUGCACAGGACCAC